UCACCUGCCUAUCCUACAACUCAUUUCAUCAUCUAUCUAUAGCAUCAUUUCCCCAACAGAAACACAUAGCUACUCCUGGAAGUGUGCCGCUACUGACAUGGACAGCUCCAGCUGCGUCGCGGACGACGCCACCACCAGCAGCGGCGGCGCCUCCUGCACGGACAAGCUCAAGGCGCUGGCCGCCGCCGCGGCGGAGGCGGCAGGGCCGCUCGAACGCAUGGGCAGCAGCGCCAGCGCGGUGCUGGACGCGUCCGAGCCAGGCACCGAGGCCGACUCCGGAGGCGCGCGCGCCAUCACUGCCGCGGGAGGCAAGCUGCCGUCGUCCAGGUACAAGGGCGUGGUGCCCCAGCCCAACGGGCGGUGGGGCGCGCAGAUCUACGAGCGCCACCAGCGCGUCUGGCUCGGCACCUUCGCCGGCGAGGGCGACGCGGCCCGCGCAUACGACGUGGCCGCGCAGCGCUUCCGCGGCCGCGACGCCGUCACCAACUUCCGCCCGCUCGCCGAGGCCGACCCGGACGCGUCCCACCAGCUCCGCUUCCUCGCCUCCCGCUCCAAGGCCGAGGUCGUCGACAUGCUGCGCAAGCACACCUACUUCGACGAGCUCGCCCAGAGCAGGCGCGUCGCCACCACCGCCACCGUCCCCGCCCCCGACGGCGGGCGCCCCUCCUCGCCCCGCCUCCCCAGUGCCGCGGCGGCCUCGGCCGCGCGCGAGCACCUGUUCGACAAGACGGUCACGCCCAGCGACGUGGGCAAGCUCAACCGGCUGGUGAUCCCCAAGCAGCACGCCGAGAAGCACUUCCCGCUGCAGCCCCCGGCGGCCGGCGCCGAGGGCAAGGGCCUGCUCCUCAACUUCGAGGACGCCGCCGGCGGCAAGGUCUGGCGCUUCCGCUACUCCUACUGGAACAGCAGCCAGAGCUACGUGCUCACCAAGGGAUGGAGCCGCUUCGUCAAGGAGAAAGGGCUCAACGCCGGAGACGUCGUCGGUUUGUACCGCUCAGACGGCUCCGGCGAAGGCUGCAGCAAGCUCUUCAUCGACUGCAAGCUGCGGACCACCACUACCAGCACCACCGCCUCCUUUACUACAGCCGCCGCCGAUCAGCCGGCACCAGCUGCAACGAAGGCCGUGAGGCUGUUCGGCGUCGACCUCCUGGCGGCGCCGGCGGCGCCUGAUCAGGGGUGCAAGAGGAGCAGGGACCUCGUGAAGCCGCCCCCGGAAGCGGCAUUCAAGAAGCAAUGCUUAAAGCUGGCACUAGCGUAGCAUCAGCUCGAUCUCUAUCUGUCUCUAGCUAGAGUUGCGGUUUUUGGUCACAUGAUUCAGGCGGUAGAGCUAGCUUAGCGUAGAGUCCCUUCUUGGAACCAUCUCACUUAGUUUGUUUAUUUGUCAUGUUCUUGCAUGCUCUAGUCUGAUGUAAAUCUUUUUUCCUGCAAAAGGAAGUAUACUAAUCAAGAAAAGCCCUAUAGUCCGAUCAA